UCUGAUAUAUUAUAGACAGAGAAGAAACGGAAGGAGUCAAGACAGAGUUGAAGGUCUGAAAAAGGAAAAAAGCAUUUGUAAUUGUAAUUGUUUCGAGAUCUCUGUGUGUAUAGACAGUCUCAAAUGGCAGUAGCUGCAGCACCAGAUCACUUGUUCCAUUUGAGGAACAAUUUCUACUUGGGUUCCUUUCAGGCUGCCAUCAACAACAGCGAUCUUCCCAACCUCUCCCCCGACGACGCCGUCGAGCGCGACUGCCUCGUCUACCGCUCUUACAUCGCUCUCGGCAGCUACCAACUGGUGAUCAAUGAGAUCGACUCCGCCGCUGCAACUCCUCUCCAAGCCGUUAAACUGCUGGCCCUCUAUCUCUCCAACCCUCAUGAUAAGGAAUCAACAAUUGCGAGCUUGAAAGAAUGGUUAGCAGAUCCAGCGAUUGGAAGCAAUGCCGUAUUAAGGUUGAUUGCUGGAAUCGUUUUCAUGCAUGAAGAAGAUUAUAUUGAAGCUCUUAAACACACCAAUGCUGGUGGCACCAUGGAACUUCAUGCAUUGAAUGUGCAAAUCUUCAUUAAGAUGCACCGGUCAGAUUAUGCAGAGAGACAACUGAGGGUCAUGCAGCAGAUUGAUGAGGACCAUACACUGACUCAACUUGCAAAUGCAUGGUUGAAUCUAGCAGUGGGUGGUUCCAAGAUACAGGAAGCUUAUCUGAUCUUCCAAGAUUUCUCUGAGAAAUAUCCAAUGACUGGUUUGAUCCUAAAUGGGAAGGCUGUCUGCUGUAUACACAUGGGAAACUUUGACGAGGCUGAAACACUGUUACUUGAAGCACUUAAUAAGGAUGCAAAGGAUCCUGAAACUCUGGCCAACCUGGUUGUAUGCGGCCUUCACCUCGGUAAAUCAUCUUCACGUUAUCUAAGCCAAUUGAAACUCACACAUCCAGAGCACAUUCUUGUUAAACGUGCAUCAUCUGCGGAAGAUAGCUUUGAAAGAGCAGUGCAAUCAGUUGCUUGAAGAAUUGGAGUUAGUUUUGUUUUAUUCUACAACUGUUCUGACUGCUAUUCUUUGCCUUACGUGAGUCUAUGAUCAAUUAUGAGAUUGUUGGCAAAUUUAGUGCUUGCUCGGCAAAAUAGAAGGGUAAUUGGAAACUUUUGGAUUGUAUGUUUUUUUUUUUUUGGCUGUUUGUACUGUUCUUAAAAAACACUUGAAAUUCAUCAUCUUUUAUAUCACUCUGCUAUUGUUUGUACUGUUAGAAAACUUUUUGAAGUUAAUGGAAAUUUUGGGUAAGGAUGUUAUUUAUCGUAA